GCACCAGGUCCAGAAUCCUGCGCCAGACUGUCUCUCUCAUUAACCUCUCGUAUCGAUGACUUGAUUGGAGCAUCUUGCCGUCCUCGCGACACUACCAUCUCACUUAUACAGCCAAAGCUCUCCCCAGGGAGCGCGUGACGAAAUCCGGUCAAGAUGUUCACCUUCACUCCUUUGCUCGGUGCUCAGUCAUCCGCAUCGAAGGCAUCGCAGUCGCUGUUGGAGCUUGAAGGUGGGAUAAAAAUCCUUGUGGAUGUCGGUUGGGAUGACACCUUCAAUACCCUUGACCUGCAGGAGCUGGAAAGACAUGUUCCUACAUUGUCGUUGAUCCUCCUAACCCACGCGACUCCCGCACACAUCGGUGCCUAUGUCCACUGCUGCGCGACCAUUCCUUCGUUCACUAAGAUCCCGGUCUACGCCACGAGUCCCGUCGUUGCCCUCGGUCGCACGCUUCUUCAAGACCUAUAUGCAUCCUCGCCUCUGGCUGCGACAUUUUUACCCGAAACCUCGAUCUCGGACCCCGGAGCAUCCACUUCCGCCGCGUCGGCCGCAGCAUCCGUCGACGAAGGCGACGAAAGCCCUGAGGCUACACACGCAGGCCGCAUCUUGCUCCAACCCCCUACCGCCGAAGACAUCGCGCUCUACUUUUCGCGGAUCCAUCAAUUGAAAUACUCGCAACCUCACCAACCGCUCCGUUCUCCUUGGUCCCCGCCUCUGGACGGUCUGACCUUGACUGCUUACAAUGCUGGACACACCGUGGGUGGUACGAUAUGGCAUAUCCAGCAUGGGCUGGAAUCCAUCGUCUACGCGGUCGACUGGAAUCAGGCCCGCGAGAGCGUUGUGGCGGGAGCGGCGUGGUUCGGCGGCUCGGGGGCAAGCGGGACGGAGGUUAUCGAGCAGCUGCGCAAGCCAACGGCGCUUAUAUGUAGUACCCGUGGAGGCGAGAAGUUUGCUCUCCCUGGCGGACGGAAGAAGCGCGACGACCUGCUCCUCGACAUGAUUCGGAGCACGGUCGCCAAGGGCGGCACGGUUUUGAUCCCGACGGAUACUAGUGCUCGUGUUCUGGAGCUGGUCUAUGCGCUGGAGCACGCCUGGCGCGAUGCAGCGGGCUCUGGUCAGGGUGACGAUGUGCUGCGAACGGCAGGAUUGUAUAUGGCGGGCAAGAAGGCCAAGACAACCAUGAGACUUGCAAGGAGUAUGCUGGAAUGGAUGGAUGAGAACAUUGUACGCGAAUUCGAAGCUGCGGAAGGCGCGGAUGCGACAGCGCAGUCGAACAACGACGGUCCGCGGUCCGGGGGACAAAACAAGACGGAAGGCAAAGGGCUGGGGCCGUUCACCUUCAAGCACCUCAAGAUCAUCGAAAAAAGGAAGCGACUCGAGAAGAUCCUCACCGACCAGACCCCCAAGGUAAUCCUGGCCUCUGAUGCGUCGCUCGAUUGGGGAUUCGCAAAGGAGUCGCUCCGUCUGGUAGCCGAGGGCACCAACAACCUGCUGCUUCUCACCGAGCCUCUACACAAGGAGAAAGUUUCCAAUCAUCAUCGGGAGAGCCGUCACAAAAAGACUCUUAGCAGCAUGAUCUGGGAAUGGUACGAAGAAAGAAAGGAUGGAGUUGCACUUGAGAAGGCCGCGGACGGCGAGAUGCUGGAGCAGGUGCACAGUGGUGGAAGAGAGCUCUCAUGGUCUGAGGUGCGCCGUGCGCCUCUCGAUGCUGGUGACCAAAUGCUUUACCAACAGUACCUCGCUACAAAACGAGAGCUGGAAGAUGCCUCUCAGACAGCAGGGCAGGAGAACGCCGACCCUACCGCGGACGUUGAUGACCAAUCUAGUUCGACAUCUGAAGACUCGGAGACCGAGCAGCAGGGAAAGGUGUUGACCCUGGUCACCACCUUAGCUCAUGGUAACCGCAACAAGCUCGGGCUCAGGGAUGAGGAUCUUGGUGUCAACAUCCUCUUACGACGGAAGAACGUCUACGACUACGAUGUCCGAGGCAAAAAGGGCCGCGAGCGGAUGUUCCCCUACGUAGCUCCUCGGAGGCGGGGUGACGAGUAUGGUGAAUUCAUCAGACCCGAGGAAUAUCUUCGGGCGGAAGAGCGCGAAGAAGCUGAUAUGCAGCAACGUCGGACCGACUCCCAGAUGAAAUUAGGGCAAAAGCGAAGGUGGGACGAAAGCGGACCGAAUGGACGCAGGCUGUCCAGCAGCGGUGGCAAGCGCCACCAAGGACAGGGCGAUGCUUCGAAGAAGGAUAUCAGCACAGCGGAUGACAUGAGCGUUUUGAAUGACGGCGAGGGCGCUGAUGCUGCUGCCUCUUCCGACGAUGAGCCAGAAGGUCAGGCGUUCGAAGGGCCGGCCAAGGUAUUCUUCGAGAAGGCAAGCCUGACCAUCAACGCGCGCCUCGCGUUUGUGGACUUCACCGGUCUGCAUGACAAGCGCAGCCUGGAGAUGCUCAUCCCACUGAUUCAACCCCGAAAGCUGAUCCUUGUCGGAGGCAUGAAACAGGAGACGACGGCCCUGGCCGACGAAUGCCAGAAGCUUCUUGCAGCCAAGGUCGACGUCGACGUCCCCGCAUCCGCGGAUUCAGCGGUGAUUUUCACCCCGGUCAACGGAGAGACAGUCGACGCCAGCGUUGACACGAAUGCUUGGAUGGUCAAGCUGAGCAACCACCUGUUCCGACGCUUGAAGUGGCAGCAUGUGCGCAGCCUGGGCGUCGUCACACUGACGGGACAGGUUCGGGGCCCUGAGUCUCUGCCUCAGCCCGCAACACCCGAACAGGAUCAAGAGGGCCCGCACAAGAAGCAGAAGGUGUUGCUGCAGGAGGAGACGAACCCUGCCACGGAUUCUGAAGCCGAGUCGACAAAGCAGCAGCAGCUACCGCCACCACCGACCGACAAAUCCGAUCUCUACCCCUUGCUUGAUGUUCUGCCGGCCAACAUGGCGGCAGGAACGCGAUCCAUGACCCGGCCUCUCCACGUGGGCGACCUCCGUCUGGCGGACUUGCGAAAGCUCAUGCAGGGGGCCGGUCACACGGCGGAGUUCAGGGGUGAGGGAACGCUGUUGAUCGAUGGGAUGGUGGCCGUGCGCAAGUCGGCGACGGGCCGGAUCGAAAUCGAGGCAUCGGCGCAGUCAGCAGCGAUGGUCCCCGGGCAUAAAGGGGCGGGUAGUUUCCUGGCCGUGAAGCAGAAGAUCUAUGAGGGAUUGGCGGUGGUCUCGGGGAGUUGAUUGAUAUUUCCGGACGGGAUGCGAAUCUGUACAAUCUGAUGGAUGUGUGUGUAUCUGUGCAGGACGAGCUUUGAUCUAAUCUAUCACGAGAGUUGGGGAGUGCUCGG